AUGGAUGGCAACAAUCAGAUCUUGCCUAUUGGGUAUGGAAUUUGCCCAAAAGAGACUACAGAUUCUUGGACAUGGUUUCUUGAAAAACUACAUGAAUGCAUUGGUGAUGUGGAAGGUCUGACAAUGGUCAGAGAUAAAGCACCCGUAAUUGUUGUAAGUAUUCAAAAUGUUUUUCCAAAUGCUCAACAUGGAUUGUGUGGUUUUCAUCUAAUAGGAAACAUAGUCCAAACCUUUGGAAAAACCAAAAAAACAACAAUUUUGUUUUGGAAGCUGGUAAGAGCUUACAAAACCACUAAGUUUGAAUUCUAUUGGGGGAGACUUCGUAAUAUAAGAGAUGAUGUAGCGACAUAUCUCAGUCAAAUUCCACGUGAGAAAUGGACCGGAGCGUAUUGCCCUACCACGAGGUAUGAUUAUAUGACCUCAAAUAGUGCGAGGUCCAUGAAUGUUGUAUCAAAUAAAGCAAGGAAGUUAAGUAUAUUACCACUUCUUGAGUUCUUUCGUUCACUUAUGCAGAAAUGGUUUUACAAACGGCGGAUGGCUGCAGAAAAAAGUACAACAAUACUUACGAAGUGGGCUGAAGAUAUGGUUAAAAAAAAUAAAAAGGGGAUUCAAGGAUGGUUGGUAUCCGGUGUUAACAAUACAACAUAUCAAGUGCAUGACUUCAAAAGUGGCGGCAUAGUGAAUUUGAGGGAAAAGACUUGUUCUUGCAGAUAUUGGCAACUAACUGGUUUGCCAUGUGGUCAUGUGAUAAUGGUUUUAACGCACUUGAAAAACGAUUGUUGUGGGCAUAUGGCUAUAGAUGCUUAUAAAAUUGAUACAUAUUGA